AUAUGUUUGGGUCUUCAGAUAUGAGUCAAUCCUGCAACUCCCAGUAGUAAUUCACUCUUUUAAACAAAAUUUUCCUCAGCUCCUUUAGUUUGCAUAUAUGCAUAUAUAUAUGAUGAGAUCCUUCACAGAGAACAUGGUAUCAAUGGUUUUGGUUGUUGUAUUGGUAUCCCUUUGCAUGACAAAAUCAAAUAGCUCAGCUAAUGAUGAUGAGGCUGCUUUAUUGGCAUUCAAAACAGCAAUUACAUCUGAUCCCUUUGGCAUCUUGUCCAACAACUGGUCUUAUCACACUCCAUACUGUGAUUGGAUUGGUGUUACAUGUAGCGGUAGGCACCAAAGAGUGACCCAAUUGAAUCUCUUCAAUAUGGGUUUCAACGGAACCAUUCCUGAGGAAAUUGGUGGCCUCUCAUUCCUUUCAACUUUCAACAUCAGCGCUAAUAGUCUCCAUGGCCAUAUUCCAGAAAGCAUUGGAUUAUUGACCAAACUCCAGAGUUUGGAUUUGUCCUACAACAAUCUCACGGGAAACAUUCCUGCAAAUAUAUACAACAUUUCUUCCAUGCAAUUUGUAGACUUGAGAAACAAUCUUCUCUCAGGGACGCUCCCAGAGGGCAUUUGUGAUAAUUACUUCAGGCAGCUUCAAGGCUUGUAUCUUUCAGGGAAUCGAUUGAGUGGUGAGAUUCCAUCAAGUUUACCCAAAUGUAUGGAGCUUAGAUUUUUGAAUUUAGGAGACAAUGAAUUUCAUGGAAGCAUAGCACCUGAAAUUGGCAACUUUUCCAAGCUCGAGUGGUUAAUGCUAUAUGGCAACAAUUUGACAGGAGAUUUACCUUGGACAAUCUUCAAUAUAUCAUCAUUAGUAAGGCUUAAUAUUCGCAUGAAUGAAAUCUCUGGAAUCCUUCCAAACGACCUCUGUUAUCAAAUUCCGGAAUUGGAGUAUUUGGAUAUUUCCAUAAACCAAAUUCAUGGAGAAAUCCCUCAAGCUCUAUCCAGUUGCAGGCGACUUCAAAAGCUUUCCAUGUCUAAAAAUCAACUCUCCGGAAGAUUCCCUACUCAAAUUUGUAACAUAUCAUCUCUUCAGGAGCUUUAUCUUACGAGAAUGAACUUGACAGGGUACUUGCCAAAGGGGAUUGGAAAGUUGUCAAUCCUUCGAGACUUUAGAGUUUAUGUAAAUCGCUUGACUGGUACAAUACCCCCUUCAAUUGGCAAUAUAUCGACUUUGGAGAAUUUUAUUGUUUUUGAAAACAAUUUGGGUGGUUAUAUUCCUUCAGAGCUAGGAAAGCUAUCAAGUCUUAAAGGUUUGUCACUUAGAUCAAAUAAUUUUAGUGGUGAAGUACCAUCCUCCAUUUUCAACAUCUCUGGAUUACAAGUGAUUGAGUUGUCAUGGAAUAAACUUUUUGGCAAUCUUCAACCAGGCCUAAGACAUUGGAUUUCACCAAGUCUUGAAGGACUUCUUCUCUACGGUAACCAAUUUAGUGGAACCAUUCCUAGCAAACCAUAGUCUACUGUAUAACAACUGCACAUACGCUAAGAUCCACAAUGCUAUGUGAACUCUGAUCCAUGGUAUAAGGGAUUGCGCCCCAACUAGGUAGGCCCUUUGGCCUAGUAGAGAUUUUGGAAGGAAUGGUUGGCUAUAGUGGUGCAAUUGGACCGUUGAAACAUCCUAUCCUAAGUCAAAUGUUGUCAAAUGAGUAUGUAAUGCGAGUGGUUAGAGCACUAUGGUUGAA